AUGGCCGCCGCCGCCAUCCCCCCCGAUGACCCUCCUCCUCCGCCGCCCGAAUCCCCUCCGCAGUACCCGCCAUCCUCCAAGUCCAGCCCCCCCAAAAUCCAGGUCCUGAUCCGAUCCGUCUGGUCGGAGAAUCUGGAUCGCGAGUUUUCUCUGAUCCGCGGCCUCGUCGACCGGUUUCCCUUUGUUUCCAUGGAUACCGAGUUCCCCGGCGUCGUCUUCCGCCACUACCAGCACUACUCCGACCCCGGCGACCUCUACCAGACCCUGAAGUCCAACGUCGACGCGCUCAAGCUGAUCCAGGUGGGGAUCACCCUCUCCGACGCCGCCGGGAACCUCCCAGAUCUCGGCUGCCCCGAACGCCGCUUCAUAUGGGAGUUCAAUUUCCGCGACUUCGACAUCUCGAGCGACGACCACGCGCCAAAUUCCAUCGACCUCCUCCGCAACCAGGGCGUUGAUUUUGAGCACACCCGCAAGUUCGGUGUGUCUGCCGCCAGGUUCGCCGAGCUCAUGGUGUCCUCCGGCCUUGUCUGCAACGAUGACGUCACCUACAUUACCUUUCACAGUGGCUACGACUUUGGGUACCUCAUCAAGGCCAUCACGGGGAAGGCUCUCCCUGGAAGCCUCAAGGAUUUUCUGAACCUGCUGAGGGUAUUCUUUGGGGACCGUGUUUAUGAUGUUAAGCACCUGAUGAAGUUCUGUCAGGGGCUGCAUGGGGGAUUGGACCGGGUGGCGAGGUCUCUUACUGUGCAGCGUGCUGCUGGGAAGUGCCACCAGGCGGGGUCUGAUAGCCUGCUGACCUGGCACGCGUUUGAGAAAAUUAGGGAUGUGUACUUCAGCAAUGGUGAGAGGAAGGCUUUACUCGACCAGUAUGCUGGCGUUCUGUAUGGGUUAGAGAUUCAUGACCCGUGA